AUGAGUGAGAAAGCCAUCUUGGCCUGCCUUCUUGUUCUGACCAUUAGCAUGCCACUGUCCAAUGCUUAUUGCUUCUUUCAGCCAUUGAAGCCAGAGAUGUCUGACGGUGAGCAUGACGGCUGCCGUGACUCAAAAGGAGAGCUGCAUGAAUUCGAUUCCCACUGGAGAACCGACGACUGCCAUGAUUGCUCCUGUUCCAGGGAUGGAAUUGACUGCUGCUCCAGCUUUGCAACACCAGCUGGCUAUAAUGAAGACAAGUGUGUAAGUAUUUUCAACAAGGAGACCUGCACUUAUAAAGUAGUGGAGAAAGAUGAUCACUCAAAAGAAUGCCCAGUCCAUAACUGGGUGGGCUAA